AUGGAUGAUUUGGUGAAAGGUGUGGUUUCAAAUCUAUUCCUGAAUGCGUUCCACAAGCUUCAAAUUCUCAGCAUAAAUCCAGCCUACACAGCCCGAAUUCGAAAUGAAACUGAAAACUAUUCGAUACAACAUAUUUUGGAACAAACAAUUCACGGCCUUGAGCUGAUAUAUGUUCAGUUUUACAGCCACGAUAGUUCCGGCUCUAGUUCCACUGAAGAAACACCAUACGUCACUCCGGCCAAUUUGAAACUUGACAGGUCCUAUGAUGGAACUUUUCUGACAGAUAAAGAUAAAUUACGGGAUUCAACAAGACGGCUGAACACAUUGAAGCGGCUUAAUGAUGUACAUAGAACUGAGUUAACGGACGAGUACUGCCUCAGCGUAUCGAAAAACAUAUUUGUCAGUAGAUGGGAAAAGGCUAGAUUAGUACAAAUGGCACAAGUGAUUAGUAAUCGCCACGAAGAACUGCGAGAGAGCACAUGCAACGCGGAAGUGGAAAUGCGGAGUGCAUUAGAAGCCGCUGUUUUAGUUGACCAUUUCUACACGGCGCAGCACUGUAAGGUUCAGCAAGAUUGUGACAUUUGGAUGGAACGAUUUGAACGUGAACUGAAAGAGCUGGAGGGACGUUUGCAAAAAGUAAGAACUGCGAAAAAACAGUGGGAGCAACUGAAGAUAGAAUUUGAAUUUGAAAAGGAGGAAAUUGAACGGUUGGAGCGGUUGGAGGUUGAGUAUCCCGAACAAAUUAAGGACACGGAAGCGUGGCUGGAGAACGUGUUGAUAAUCAAGGUGAAGCAAAGACCUAAAAAGGGUACGAAGAGAAAAAACAAGAAGAAGAGUGGCAACAAACGAAAGCUCCUGGGGAAACGAAAGAAGAAAUAA